AUGCACGCAGUGGCCACUGCAUCACGUCCAGACAUCAUGUCGGCCGCAAACGCUCACUCCUCCGUCACCCAGGGCGAUCUCGAGCUGCUGGACGCCCUCACCGCCAUGCCCUCCUCCUUCCCGCACCACGCCCAAUUCGCUCCCUCCGCCUCGGCGUCCAGGCCGCUCUCGACACUCAACGCUCUCCGGCGCCCUCCCAUCGACCCCAUGGUCCUCGCCGCUAGUCUGAGCUCAGGCCCCCACCAGAUGCCUGCCAGCCAGCGCAAGGCCGCCGCCGCCGCCGCCGCCGCCGCUGCUGCUGCCGCCGCUGCUUCCUCCGCUGUUUCCCAGCAGUCUGCAUCCCCGCGCCCCUCCAAGCCUCGCUCAAGGCGACCGUCCGCCGCCAGCGGCUCGUACGCCAACUGCGACUUUGACGACUUUGAAGACGCCACCCCCAGCACCAGCAAGGCUUCCUCGUCCGCCGUCAAGAUCGACCCGGUUUCAGAAGUGACCGACGAGGAGCGCGCCUUCUACGCCAGCAGACAGGCGCCUCGCAGCGUGCGUCUGCAAAAGCAGAAGGAGAUCGAGCAGCAGCGCGCCGCUGCCGCAAAGGACCAGGCCGUGGCCAACGCUGUCGGCAUUCGAGCCAGCGACGAGCCGGCACGCCCCGACCUGCUCGCACAGCCAGGCAACCAGGCAGCCAAGUCGCAACUGGUCGCUCCUCCGGCGCCAGCCGCCAACAUUGCGCAGGCGCUCGACGAGCGUAAAGCUGCCGUGGUGGCCGUCGCGCCGCAGACCAUGCCACUCACUCCGUCCAUCGAGGGCAUGCCCGGUAUGCCUGCACAGGUGAGCUUGCCCGUUGCCAAGGCGGGUAUCUCGUCGAUCGUGCGCCCGCCGCCCGUGCGCGUGCGCUGCUACGCGCGCACACGCAUCCCCACGCCGCACGGCGAGAUCUUCUGCCACCUGUACAAGAACACGCACGACACCAAGGAGCAUCUGGCGCUCGUCAUCGAUCCGUACCAGAACGACGAGGGCAGCACGCAGAUGGGCGCCGACGGUCGACCCGUCAAGGAGUCCGAUCCGGUGUACCAGCAGCAUGCGCUGCGCAGCAGGUCGCUCGACGAGGUGUGGGGCUCGGCAGAGACGGACAUGGAGCGCAUCGUUCGAGGCGCGUACGUCGGGCGACUUGGACCGAGCUUUCAGGUGGCGUCGCGACCGUUGGAUCGUCAUGCGCAGCCUGCACACUCGCACACGCGUUCCGGGCAGGACGAUGCGCUGUCCCCGCUGGUGCGCAUUCACUCCGAGUGCUUUACCGGCGAGACGAUCGGCAGUCAGCGAUGCGACUGUGGCGAGCAGCUCGACGAAGCCAUCCGCCUCAUCUCCGAGGCGUACGACACGUCCAAGACCACAACGCAGCGGGCGGAUCAGCCGCCGCGUAAGCUCGGUCGCGGUGUCAUUGUCUACCUCCGCCAAGAGGGACGAGGGAUUGGGCUGUUGGAUAAGCUCAUGGCGUACAACCUGCAGGACAUGGGUCACGAUACCGUCUCGGCCAACAUCUUGUUGGGACAUUUGCCGGAUGCGCGCAAGUACGACAUUGCAUCGGCGAUUCUGCGCGACUUGGGGGUGGACGAGUGUCGAUUGCUGACCAACAAUCCCGAGAAGAUGGAGGCUCUCGAGGCCGAGGGCGUUAGGGUCACCGAGAGGGUCGGCAUGGUGCCGCGCGUAUGGAAAUUUGGAAAGUCGCUGCGCAAACGCAAGCAUAAGCGCAGCGGACGUAAGCCCCACGAGCGCGUAGCUAGCGGUACCAGCAGUCGCGGGUCUCCUCUGCGAAGUGGAUCUGCGGUCAACGUCAAGAAGGCCUCGUCGUUGUUACGACAAAUGAGCCUUUCCGGAAUGGAGGGUAGCGUGAUCUCGCAGGCGGGCACCGGCACCGAAUCCGAUUCCGAACUCGAUAUCAUCACCGCCGGAUUGCGCCAUCAGGGCGAAGACAUCCUGAAUGAGGACGAUCGCUUCGACAGUGAUGACGAUGAUAGCGGUAGCGAUUCGGGCGAUUCGUACAUCGACCAUGUCCUGCGCCGAUCAGGAACAACAAUGGUCGGCGCUUCCAUCACAAAGGGUCCAGAGCUCGAAAAGUACCUCCGCACAAAGGUCGAGAGAAUGGGCCAUCUACUCACCCUACCCCUCGACCAGCCCCAAUCAACCCCAGACGCAGGGCCAGAUGCAGAUGCAGAUGCCGGUGCAGACGACCACCCCGUCUCCCAACCAAACUCGGAAGACGAAGCCGAUAACAUCAUGCCAGCCUAG